AUGUUUGGCAGCGCCCCCGCUCCAGCUCCCGCACCCAAGGCCGAAAAGGAUCCCAUUGUCGGUUUGGAUGUGGGCGGCACGCUCUUUUACUUUCGCAUGUCCAACCUGAUAAAGUCGGGAAGUGACUACUUUAGCAAAGCUCGAUUGGACAAGGAGGUUUCCUACAGGGAUUCUCAUGGACGCAAGAUCAUCUUUAUCCAACGAUCUCCGGAACGAUUUGCCUAUGUGCGAGAUUAUCUCAUUGCCGCGGCGGCUGCUGCUGCUAAAAGUGGCGACGACAAAGAAGAAGACGUCAGUAUUACCUUGCGCCUUCCUCCCAAUGACUUGGUCUUGCGACGCAAUCUACGAGAAGAAGCGGAAUUCUUUGGUCUCCCCGGCAUGACGGCAGCGCUGCAAGUCUCGCAGACAUUUGCGCCGUCCCAAACCAACCGGGGUGUCUUGUAUUGGUUGGGAACCAAUCGCGGUUCUAGCGACAAGUACGAAAAUCCCUAUGCCAUGGGAGUGGUCAAUGUGACGGGUUGGAUGGACGACGAAGAAGAAAAUGACGAAGAAGACAUGUUCGAAUUGGCACGAUUUGCACGGAGUCGCGAGACAUUUGUCCAUUAUCGAUUAAAACCCGUCGUUCAAGCCGUCAAAAAACAACCCGGCGAAUGGGAAAUGGAACAAUUUUCCUGUCUGCAAUGGUGCAAACAUGCCAACAAACGAUUGCCUGUCAUUGUGGAUUUUUUGGAAAACACCAUUAUGGUACGCCCAACGCACUAUUCGUUGCGUGUCAGUGAAUGCAUGGGAUUGGCGGGUGAUUGGAACUUGGAAGGAUCGGUUGACGGAAAAAGUUGGGAUGUCUUGCAUGCGGCGCGAGACGAUGAUAGUUUGAAGAUGGAUGAAGGAAACGAUGAAAUCAAGGCGCAACUUACCAAGACGUUGGCAUUUUAUAAUGAUCACGUGCAAAAUGAUGAACUCAGUGCCGAUGUCCUCUUGACUAUUUUGGAACAAGAUUACCGACAUUCCUGGAAAUUGGACCCACCGCCGACCAAGUUUUAUCGCUUCUUUCGAUUGAUUGGGGCCAGUGACGAAAAGGGCGAAGAUGCCUGUUUGCAUGGCGAAGGACUGGAAUUGUACGGUGCAGUCUAUGAGGAAUAG